AUGGUAUUAGAAGAGGGGAAGGUGAAGAUCGAGAAGUUCAAUGGUAGAGAUUUCAGCUUUUGGAAGAUGCAGAUAGAGGAUUAUCUAUAUCAGAAGAAGCUGUAUCAGCCCUUAUCAGGGGUUAAGCCAGAAGACAUGAAGCAAGAAGAAUGGAACUUGCUAGAUCGACAGGCUCUUGGCGUGAUCAGAUUGACAUUAGCCAAGAACGUCGCGUUCAACAUCGUGAACGAGAAGACUACUGCAGGCUUAAUGAAGGCAUUAUCAGAUAUGUACGAGAAGCCGUCAGCAACCAACAAAGUAUACUUGAUGCGCCGGUUGUUCAACCUCAAGAUGGGAGAAGUUAGUAGUUCUACAAGGGAGAACACAUUAAAGCUUAGUGACAUCCGUGACUUGAUCUUGAGCGAAGAUGUUCGCAAGAGAGAUUCAGGAGAAUCUUCCAGUCAUGUUUCCAAUUCAGCAUUGAAUACUGAAGGCAGGGGAAGGACUACCUAG